AUGGGAAGGGUCCCACCUGCACCCCCAGCACAAGGGAAACCUGAAAAUGGAGCUGGAUGGAGGCGGGAGGUGGGGAGACAGGACAGGAGGAGGGCCCGGAGGGCAGGCGCUCUUCUGUCCCCUCCCGGCAGCCCCCCAGAGGCCUGUACUUGCAGAGGCAGCCAGCGGCCAGCCCAGAGCUGCACCGGGCAGGAAGUCAGGGACUGUCAGGCACUGUCCUGCCCACUCCCACCUCCACGGGGCUGGGCAGGGCAGGGGCAGCCCGGCACUGAAGCUGUGGAGGCGGCACGUGGCCGGGAGACGUGGUCCCCUCCUUGCCUGUGGCCUGGGACACGAGGGCCCCUUCUGCUUGAGCACUGGCUGCCCACUCUGGUUUUAAUUGUGGCGAGGCAUAUACAGCAUUGGUUUACCCAUCACGUCACCAGUCCAGUGUCGGGGGCACGCAGGCCGUUUGCAUUGCAUGUAACCCUCCAGCCCGCCGCACCCUCCGCCCCUAGAGCUGGUCCACCCUGCCAGACUGGAACUCUGUCCCCGUUAGACAGUGCCCCCCCAAGACCUCCCCGUGGCCAGCAGCCACCGACCCUUGAUGUCUACUCCUGCGACCUCCAGCAAGGGGAAGGACACAGGACUUGUCCUCUCCUGGCUGGGUCCACCCACACUGCAGGCUGUGUCACAGCGUCCCUCCCGUUAGGCCUGGACUGUGUUCUACUGCGGGCGCAGACACGUGCCAGCCGUCCCUCCCCAAGAUCUCGGUCGCUGACACUUUUUGGCCACUAUGAACGGUUUUGCUGUGAACAGAGAUCAGGAUGGCUCCCCAAGGACACUUCCAGCAAGACCAGAAAUCUCACUCUUGGCGGGGAAACACCACUUGGGAGGGGUAAGGAGGAGACUUUUCACCGUGUGUCUUUAACGUGCCUUUACACAAUCCGUGUGAAUUUAUUAUUCAACGGGACACAAAGCUAAAAAUGCACGCUGAGGAGGGCA